GAUGUUUCCGACUUGACUUAUUGGAUAAAAAAGAGUUAUAAAACGCUGUAACAUGCUUGGAAACACGUGGAAUUUGGAUUUAAUAGACUUUUAAAUAAUGGGAUCUCGUAACAGAGCUCAUGAAUACUACACUUGGACAAGUGUACCCCAGGCAGAAGAUUCUGAACCAGAAUCAAGGAUGUUCAAGUGUAAAAAUAUAGACAUCAUUGUGUAUAUUACAGUCAUCAUUUUUGGCAUUGGAUCAUGGGUAGACAUCAAUGGAUUAUGGGUAGAACUGCCAGCAAUGAUUACAGAGGGUCUCCCAGAAGGAUGGAACCUGCCUUCCUAUUUAUCAGUAAUAAUCCAAAUUGCCAACAUAGGACCACUCUUAGUAACUAUUAUUCAUUUGUGUGCCCCUGGCAAACUUAACAACAUAGGUGUGGUUUAUGUCAUAUUAGGAGUAGGAAGUUUAGCUUGUCUGUUCCUUGCUUUCUACUGGAAAACUACAGCUUACGUUGCUGGAGAAGAGAGAAGCAUAGUGCUGCUUGUGUUACAAUUUUUCCUAGCUUUAGUGGACUGUACUACAUCAGUUGUCUUUCUUCCUUUCAUGGUGAAGUUUAAGUCAGAGUAUUUGACGGCUUAUUUUAUUGGAGAGGGAAUGAGUGGAAUGGUGCCGAGUCUGGUAGCACUGGGUCAGGGCAGCGGGUCUGUGUCCUGUGUCAAUGUGUCCUCAACCAACACCACAACCAACAUAACAACGUACAGUGUAUAUCCAAAAUCCAACCCUCCAAAUUUCCCUGUAAGGGAUUUCUUUUUGUUUCUAUUUGCUAUGGUUUUUUCCAGUGGUAUAGCAUUUACACUUCUGAACUAUGUUCCAUAUUACAAAAAAGAGUACGCCUCAGACGAUGAGAUCUCAGAAACAUCAGAUGAUAGUAAAUUUCAAAGCAGCUAUGAACUAACUAAUGGGGAAACACAGGGAAGGAUAACUUUUUCAGACCCAUCAACAAUAGGAUCAUCUACAUCCAAACUUGUAAAGCAAGGAACUAAUGCCCAAAGUGUGGACAAAUCAGGGAUAUUGAAUGAUGACAUAAAAAUAACCAAAAUAGUUCAGCCUAUAUCCAAGUCACUGUAUAUAUAUUUCUUGAUUUUGACAGCUUUUUUGAAUUCCCUCACAAAUAGUGUCUUUCCAUCUAUCCAGACAUUUUCUUGCAUGCCAUAUGGAAUUUCAGCUUACCAUCUAACAGCAGCAUUGUACAAUAUUUCUAACCCUGUAGCUUGCUUUAUUGCAAUGUUCUAUUCAGCAUCUUCCUCCACUGUUAUAAGUUUCCUUUCCUUUCUGGGGUCCUUGGUAGCAGCUAUUAUCCUGUAUACUGCAGCAGCUAGCCCCACUCCAUUACUUGUUGGAACACAAACUGGGGAGGCCCUCAUUAUCACUAUUUGGGUUGUUGGAGGACUGCUUUUAACAUAUUCCAAAGUUGCCAUAGCUACUGUGUUUAGGUCACAGGGUCAAAGAGCACUAAUGUGGAUUGGUGUAAUGCAACAAGUAGGGUCAUUUUUUGGAGCAGUGCUAUUUUACCUAAUCAUAAACGUUUGGAUGAUGUUCAAAAGUGCACCUUACUGUCCAAGUUAAUUACACAUGUACUUUUAGUCACAAAAUUUAAAACCAAAUGAUAAGAAAUAUGGGGCCAUUUUUGAAAACACUGCCUUCAGUUUUCAUAAUCUUGAUAAUAUUAAUUACUGAAUCUCCGGGAAUGGUUUUUUUUUGUGCAUUUGCUUUCACUGGAGUCAUUGUGUGUUGCAGAUGACAGUAAUUUCAGUUUUAAUACAAAUUUUAACGGAGUGCUUUUGUGCUGUGAAAUUUUUAUUUUCCAUUGUUUAUUUGUAGGGUUAGUAUUUUGAUUUAGAUCUGAAAAAUUAAUGUAUUGCUUGAAAAGAA